AUGUUUUGGAUUUCUUUGAUCUUGUGUCUGAUGGUGGGUAGAAUCGAAGGUUUAUUGCCGACAUUUGGAGGCUGUCCGGAUGUUAAUACUAUUGAUAAGCUCAAUGUUACAGAGUAUUUAGGAAAGUGGUAUGAAGCUGAACGUUAUUUUUCGAUAAUUGAUUUUGGGGCGAAAUGCGGUAUUUUUAAUUACACCAAAGAAGAUAAUGGAUCAUUAAAACUCGUCAGUUCACAAAUAUCGUCAAUAACGGGUGUAGAAUCGACAAUUGAAGGACGCGCGAGACCAAUUGAAAGAGCUGACGAUCCAAAAUUUACGGUAUCAUAUCCAUCGUUACCGAUUCAAUAUGCUAUGCCCCAUUGGGUUUUGGGAACUGAUUAUGACAACUACGCCGUGCUGUGGAGUUGCAGUAACAUCGGUAUUUUUAGUAUGCGGAGUGCUUGGAUUUUAACACGAGAAAGACAACCAGCAGUUCCGGUUCUUGAGCAAGCGUACAAAGUUUUGGAUAAAAAUCAAAUAAGCCGCGCAUACUUUUCACGUACCGACCAAAAAAAUUGUCCAAUAAUUUCAAAUUAA